AUGUGUGCCUCACCAGGCAACAAAACCACUCACCUAGCUGAAAUGUCUAAUAAUAAAGCAUUUAUAACUGCUUUAGAUAAGACAGACAAAAAAGUGGAAACAAUUAGAAAGAACUGUGAAAUACAAGGUGUAUCUUGCGUGAAGGCUUUUAUGUAUAACUCAAUAAGAUGUGUAUCAAAUGAAAAACAUCGAAAUGAUGGUCCUCCUUUUCCGCCAAAUCAUUUUGACAAAGUCCUUCUAGAUGCACCUUGCAGUGGCUUGGGACAGAGGCCAAGAUUAGUCCAGAAUGAUAUGUCUUGCAAAAUGUUGGAAUCAUAUGAAAUAUUGCAGAGGAAGUUAUUCAAUGCUGCUGUCAAUGUCCUCAAAGUUGGUGGAAUGUUAGUAUACAGUACAUGCACGGUGACAAUGGGUGAAAAUGAAGGUUUAGUGAAGUGGGCGCUUGAGAAGUACCCUUGCUUGCAAUUGAUUCCAGCUGCACCACUUUGUGGCGGACCAGGUCUACCUGAUUCUGGCCUCAGUGACAGUGAAAGGUUAAUGGUUCAACGAUUCGGUCCUAACGACGAUCCUUUACGGCCAGUUGACGAGAUCUACAAGAAUUCUAUUGGUUUCUUUAUAGCGGCUUUUCGGAAAGUGUAA